AUGGCGCAUAGGGCGCCGAGCGGCCGCGGCCUGGCUCCGUCCCGGCGGCUGGCGCGGCGGUUCCUCUUCCUCUUCACGCUGUCGCUGUCCUGCUCCUACCUCUGCUACAGCCUGCUCUGCUGCUGCGGCGGCCCCGCCGCCCCCCGCGCCCGCUGCGCGCCCGCCCGCAGCGCGGCCGCCGCCAAGAAACUUCUGCAGAAGUCGCGGUCGUGCGGGCGGGCGCCCGCCGAGCCGCCGGGCAGCGCCGCGCCGGGCCGCCGCCCGCGGGAGCCGCCGCCGCCCGCCGCCGCCCCGCCGGGGCCGCCGCGGCCCGGCGCCAAGCGGCUGCCGCAGGCCAUCGUGGUGGGCGUCAAGAAGGGCGGCACCCGCGCCGUGCUGGAGUUCAUCCGCGUGCACCCCGACGUGCGCGCCCUGGGCACCGAGCCCCACUUCUUCGACAGGAACUACGACCGCGGCCUCGAGUGGUACAGGAGCCUGAUGCCACGGACCCUCGACAGCCAGAUCACCGUGGAGAAGACCCCCAGCUACUUCGUCACCAAGGAGGCCCCGCGGCGGAUCUUCAACAUGUCCCGGGACACCAAGCUGAUCGUGGUGGUGAGGAACCCGGUCACCCGGGCCAUCUCGGACUACACGCAGACGCUCUCCAAGAAGCCGGACAUCCCCACCUUCGAGGGGCUGUCCUUCCGCAACCGCAGCCUGGGGCUGGUGGACACCUCCUGGAACGCCAUCCGCAUCGGCAUGUACGCCGUGCACCUGCAGAGCUGGCUCCAGUACUUCCCCCUCUCCCAGAUCCACUUCGUCAGUGGGGAAAAGCUGAUCACGGACCCUGCCGGGGAGAUGGGCAAAGUCCAGGACUUCCUGGGCAUCAAACGGGUUAUCACGGACAAGCACUUCUACUUCAACAAGACGAAGGGGUUUCCUUGCCUGAAGAAAACGGAGAGCAGCGGCUUGCCCCGCUGCCUGGGCAAGUCCAAAGGGAGGACUCAUGUGCAGAUAGACCCGGAGGUGAUAGAGCAGCUUCGGGACUUUUAUAGACCUUAUAAUAUUAAAUUCUAUGAAACAGUUGGGCAGGACUUCAGGUGGGAAUAAGCACCGGGGAGCAGAGCGGCGGUGACGUGAGCGCUCUGCUGUCCUCCACGUGCCGGCCGGGCCCUCCUGAAAACCGCCAGCCAGAGCUGGGAGCGAUGGGACCCCGCGGGGUGAGCCGAGCCAGGAAGACGCGGUUGCCAGCCCCGGUCCCCGAGGGACGGCUGCCGGCCCCGGGGCUCGCUCCAGGGGGGUCUGGCGGGUGCUGCUGGCACAGUGGCGGGGAGUGGGCACCGGGCGCCGGGUGCGGGCUGCAGCGAGGUGCGUGCCGCCCCCGCGCGCCUGCGGCAAGGCUGGAGCGUGGCCGGAGCACGGCCAGGCGCGCCGGGAGCUGGCAGCACUGCGGUGCCGCUUGGCUCCGGCCAGGCAUGCGCCAGGUGCUGCCCCGAGCACGGUGAGAUGUAUCUGCUUGGGGAAAAAAUGUCUUUGGAAAAUGUUGUAACGAUAUUUUGUCCUGUGAAUAAAGCACAGAAUC